AUGGAGCCCUUGGCAGCCUUGCACGAUCUCAUAUCUCAACUCAUCGUCCCUCAUCGCCGGCACUCAUCAACCAACUUGAUCAACCGGCUGGUGGCGGACAUAUGGGCAAUUCGAAUGGAGUUAAGAUGGGCUUGUCUGCUGGACGGUAUCGCGAUUAGUGAGGAGAUGUCCAUUCAGAUUGCCGAUGGCAUGAAAAAUUUGGAACAUCUUCCCGGACCCGUCAUGCGUGCACUUGAAACUUGCGAAACUUCCGGCCAGCUUCAAACCUCUAACCGGAUCAUAGUCGAGCUUCAGCCGGCAUCGACACUUGUAAGCCUUGCGGGGCUAUUCCUGGGUUACCCCUGCACCUACUGUAAUUGUUCCUCAAACCAACUAGUCACUGGUCCCUUGAAGGUGGUUCAGGUGGCUCUCUUAAAGCCCACCCCGUCGGCUGAAAGCUUACCGGACAUCCUGCCAUCGCGGUACGCUUAUUUUCAAAUCUCAUAA